GAGGGACAGGUGGCUGUCAUGGAGGACGCGGUAGCGCGCGGGCGGGCGGAGGCCGCCGCUGAAAGUCCAGGAGUGCGGUCGGCGGCAGGUUGGGGAGGAGCCCUGGUGGAGCUCACCGCUACCCCCGGCGGCCUGGCCCUGGUGAGCCCCUACCACACGCACCGGGCCGGGGACCCCUUAGACCUCGUGGCGCUCGCAGAGCAGGUGCAGAAGGCUGAUGAGUUCAUCCGAGCCAAUGCCACCAACAAGCUGACGGUCAUCGCUGAGCAAAUCCAGUGUCUGCAAGAGCAGGCCAGGAAGGUACUGGAAGAUGCUCGCAGAGACGCGGACUUGCACCACGUAGCUUGUAACAUGGUGAAAAAGCCUGGCAACAUUUACUACCUCUAUAAACGCGAGAGUGGCCAGCAGUAUUUUUCCAUUAUUUCUCCAAAGGAGUGGGGGGCAGGUUGUCCCCAUGACUUCCUGGGGGCCUACAAGCUGCAGCACGACUUGUCCUGGACUCCAUACGAGGACAUUGAGAAGCAAGAUGCUAAAAUCAGCCUGAUGGACAAGGUGCUGGGCCAGCCCGUGGCCCUGCCUCCGUGCUCCGAACCCAGCUUCCGGGCACUGCCUCACUGAGAGGGAACUCGGACAAGCGGCUGUUGUGACAAGGGCCCGUCAGCCGUUCUUUGCCUUACUGGAGGGCGUGUAGGUGAAUCAUGACUUCUUGGCAGGAGACCCUGUGUGAAUCUGCAUACUGUUGUCCUUAGGACUUUUACUGGGGUGUGGGGAAUCAUGUGACGCUGUCUGUUGGGUCCUCUCUGGGCCACCAAUGCCCAGCCAAUCAGUUUCGGGUAUCAGCCGGUGGGUGAGCUGUCUUUCGUCCUCUCCCCCUGUUCUGCCCGUAAGCUGAAGCAUUCAUGGAAGAGCUGCUGUUCUCAUAACAAGGCCGGCGGGUCGUUGUGCAGACAGGAUGGCUCCCAGGCCUCUUCUGAGACUGGAGUUAGGGAGGCGGGUGCUGGGCCUCCCGGGGACACAGCACUGGAGAUGCGCACAGCCGUGCUGGCUCCACUCCCGACUCCAGCCUCCUGCCAAGUGUGCUCAGGGAGGCAGCCAUGAUGGCACGGGGAGCUGGGGCCCUGCCACUCGGUGAGAGACCUGCUUUGGGUUCCUGGCUCCUGGCUUCAGGCUGGCCUGGCCCUGGCUAUUGCAGGCAUUUGGAAAGUUGAAUCAGCCAAUGGGAGAGCUCUGGCGCUCUCUGCCUCUAAAACAAAUAAAUAACAAUUUAAAAUGA